AUGGGGUUUACAUGGGACUUGUGUUCAAUCCAUCAUCAGAAGAAUGAUAGUCUGAGCUCCAACGCACACAGACAUGUCGGUGAAAGCCAAUUGAGGUCACUCCACCUACCAUGUAACUUCCAACUCUCAAAAUGCAUUUAUGUAGCAUUCUCAGCUCUACUUUCAACGCCACAAAGAACCAGCCCACGCAUAUACGGCAGCCCCGCAAACGGAAAUCGCUUCGACGAGGCUGGAGCGUUCGCACUGAAACAUGAAAACUGUCUAUGCAGGAGCUGUGAAGUGAGGGUGCGGUCUUGGAGAGCCAAUCAACGCUCACCGCCAGUAAAAAGUCGCUCAAAGACAGAACCUGACGGGAAAGUUGCUCUCAAUCUAGAUCCUCUAUUAACAUCUGUGGCGUCCUCGUAUACGAGAUACACCUUAAACGAGGUCAGCAUAGCAAAAUCAAACAUCGACAAUCACCAAAACCCCAUGACCAUUGCUCCAGAAACCCCACCUUUCCAAGGAUCCAUAUCCGGCGCACCAAGCAAUUGUCCAAAGCUGAACAGCAACACCUUCGAAGCUGAGCAUUAUCGCGCAUACUGGCACACCCUUCAAUGCCUUCUGACAUCUGAAAAAGGUUCAAGUGCUGUUAUGUUCAGCUCAAGCCUCGCGGCGCUAGCGGACGUUCCUACAUUGACAAGACGGAAAUGGAUUACGCUUCUGGGUACGUUAAGCGAUCUGGGAGAGUUAGACUACCCGGAAUACGAGGGUCCCGAUGUGCAGCCGUUUAGGAAACGGCGGGUGAUAGGUGAAUAG